GGAGCCAGAACCGGAGCCCGAGCCUGGCGCAGGCACGUCCGAGGCGUUCUCCCAACUCUGGACCGAUGUGAUGGGCAUCCUGGACGGUUCGCUGGGAAACAUCGAUGACCUGGCGCAGCAGUAUGCAGAUUAUUACAACACCUGUUUCUCCGACGUGUGCGAGAGGAUGGAGGAGCUGCGGAAACGGCGGGUUUCCCAGGACCUGGAUGUGGAGAAACCCGACGCUAGCCCCACGUCACUUCAGCUGCGGUCCCAGAUCGAAGAGUCGCUUGGUUUCUGUAGCGCCGUGUCAACACCAGAAGUGGAAAGAAAGAACCCUCUUCAUAAAUCAAACUCGGAAGACAACUCUGUAGGAAAAGGAGACUGGAAGAAGAAAAAUAAGUAUUUCUGGCAGAACUUCCGAAAGAACCAGAAAGGAAUAAUGAGACAGACUUCAAAAGGAGAAGAUGUUGGUUACGUUGCCAGUGAAAUAACAAUGAGCGAUGAGGAGCGGAUUCAGCUAAUGAUGAUGGUCAAGGAAAAGAUGAUCACGAUUGAGGAAGCACUUGCCAGGCUCAAGGAAUACGAGGCCCAGCACCGGCAGUCGGCUGCCCUGGACCCUGCCGACUGGCCAGAUGGUUCUUACCCAACAUUUGAUGGCUCAUCAAACUGCAAUUCAAGAGAACAAUCGGAUGAUGAGACCGAGGAGUCGGUGAAGUUUAAGAGGUUACACAAGCUGGUAAACUCCACUCGCAGAGUCAGAAAGAAACUAAUUAGGGUGGAAGAAAUGAAAAAACCCAGCACUGAAGGUGGGGAGGAGCACGUGUUCGAGAAUUCGCCGGUCCUGGAUGAACGGUCCGCCCUCUACUCUGGUGUGCACAAGAAGCCUUUUUUCUUUGAUGGCUCUCCUGAGAAACCUCCCGAAGAUGACUCAGACUCUCUCACCACGUCUCCAUCCUCCAGCAGCCUGGACACCUGGGGGGCUGGCCGGAAGUUGGUCAAAACCUUCAGCAAAGGAGAGAGUCGGGGCCUGAUUAAGCCCCCCAAGAAGAUGGGGACAUUCUUCUCCUACCCAGAAGAAGAAAAGGCCCAGAAAGUGUCCCGCUCCCUCACCGAGGGGGAGAUGAAGAAGAGUCUCGGGUCCCUGAGCCACGGGAGAACCUGCAGUUUUGGAGGAUUUGACUUGACAAAUCGCUCUCUGCAUGUUGGCACUAAUAAUUCUGACCCAAUGGGUAAAGAAGGAGACUUUGUGUACAAAGAAGUCAUCAAAUCACCUACUGCCUCUCGCAUCUCUCUUGGGAAAAAGGUGAAAUCAGUGAAAGAGACGAUGAGAAAGAGAAUGUCUAAAAAAUACAGCAGCUCUGUGUCUGAGCAGGAUUCGGGCCUCGAUGGAAUGCCUGGCUCCCCUCCGCCUUCACAGCCUGACCCCGAACACUUGGACAAGCCCAAGCUCAAGGCCGGGGGUUCCGUAGAAAGUCUUCGCAGUUCUCUGAGUGGGCAGAGCUCCAUGAGUGGUCAAACAGUGAGCACCACCGAUUCCUCAGCCAGCAACCGAGAAAGCGUCAAGUCGGAAGAUGGGGAUGACGAAGAGCCGCCUUACCGAGGCCCGUUCUGCGGGCGUGCCAGGGUGCACACCGACUUCACCCCCAGUCCCUAUGACACAGACUCACUCAAGCUCAAGAAAGGAGACAUCAUUGAUAUCAUCAGCAAGCCGCCCAUGGGGACCUGGAUGGGGCUGCUGAACAACAAAGUCGGCACAUUCAAGUUCAUCUACGUGGACGUGCUCAGCGAGGACGAGGAGAAGCCCAAGCGCCCCACCAGGAGGCGGCGGAAAGGAAGACCGCCCCAGCCCAAGUCUGUGGAGGAUCUCCUGGAUCGGAUUAACCUAAAAGAGCACAUGCCCACUUUCCUGUUCAAUGGAUAUGAAGAUUUGGACACCUUUAAGCUGCUGGAGGAAGAAGACUUGGAUGAGUUAAAUAUCAGGGACCCGGAACACAGAGCUGUUCUCUUGACAGCGGUGGAGCUGUUACAAGAGUAUGACAGUAACAGCGACCAGUCAGGAUCCCAGGAGAAGCUGCUCGUUGACAGCCAGGGCCUGAGUGGAUGCUCACCCCGAGACUCAGGAUGCUACGAAAGCAGUGAGAACCUGGAAAACGGCAAGACUCGGAAAGCUAGCCUCCUAUCUGCCAAGUCAUCCGCCGAGCCCAACUUGAAGUCUUUUAGCAGAAACCAGUUGGGCAAUUACCCAACAUUGCCUUUAACGAAAUCAGGGGAUGCACUGAAGCAGGGACAGGAGGAGGGCAGGCUGGGUGGUGGCCUCGCCCCAGACACGUCCAAGAGCUGUGACCCACCUAGUGUGACUGGUUUGAAUAAAAACCGAAGAAGCCUCCCAGUUUCCAUCUGCCGGAGCUGUGAGACCCUCGAGGGCCCCCAGACUGUGGACACUUGGCCUCGAUCCCAUUCCCUGGAUGACCUUCAAGCAGAGCCUGGUGCUGAGCAAGACGUGCCUACCGAGGUGACAGAACCGCCCCCUCAGAUUGUACCCAAAGUGCCACAGAAGAUGACUGCCUCUUCGACGAAGGCCCAGCCCCUGGAGCGAGACUCUGCUGUCGACAAUGCGUUGCUACUGACCCAAAGCAAGAGAUUUUCUGAACCUCAGAAAUUGACAACUAAGAAACUGGAGGGCUCAAUCGCAGCCUCUGGUCGCAGCCUGUCACCCCCUCAGUGUUUGCCCAGAAACUAUGAUGCUCAGGCUCCUGGAGCUAAACACGGUUUAGCAAGGACACCUCUGGAGGGCCACAGAAUAGGACACGAGUUUGAAGGAACACACCAUCCCCUGGGCACCAAAGAAGGGGUAGAUGCUGAGCAGAGGGUCCCUGAGGCAAGAACGCAGCCCAAAAUUCCAUCACAGCCUCCACCUGUUCCUGCCAAAAAGAGCAGAGAACGCCUUGCUAAUGGACUCUACCCUGUUCCCAUGGGCCCCGGUGGGACCCUCCCCAGUCCCGAUGCGCCUUGCCUGCCAGUGAAAAGGGGCAGCCCCACCAGCCCCACCAGCCCUAGCGACUGUCCCCCAGCACUGGCUCCCAGGCCUCUCUCAGGGCAGGCGCCUGGCAGCCCACCAAGCACAAGGCCGCCCCCCUGGCUCUCAGAGCUCCCUGAGAACACAAGCCUCCAGGAGCACGGUGUGAAGCUGGGCCCGGCUUUGACCAGGAAGGUCUCUUGUGCCCGGGGAGUGGAUCUGGAAAUGCUUACUGAAAACAAGCUGCAUGCCGAAGGCAUCGAUCUCACGGAGGAGCCGUAUUCUGAUAAGCAUGGCCGCUGUGGGAUUCCCGAAGCCCUGGUGCAGAGAUACGCAGAGGACUUGGAUCAGCCUGAGAGGGACGUCGCCAUCAACAUGGACCAGAUCCGGGUGAAGCAGCUUCGGAAGCAGCACCGCAUGGCGAUUCCAAGUGGUGGACUCACGGAAAUCUGCCGAAAGCCCGUCUCUCCUGGAUGCAUUUCGUCUGUGUCAGAUUGGCUCAUUUCCAUCGGUCUGCCCAUGUAUGCCAGCACCCUCUCCACCGCGGGCUUCAGCACACUGAGCCAGGUGCCUUCUCUGUCCCACACUUGCCUUCAGGAGGCCGGCAUCACAGAGGAGAGACACAUAAGAAAGCUCCUAUCUGCAGCCAGACUCUUCAAACUGCCGCCAGGCCCCGAGGCCAUGUAGCCAGGCCCAGAAUGGGCUUCUCUGGACAAGAGCCACCCUUUCACUGUGCAUACGAUGCUGAUGCAAUUCCUCCAUCUCUGGACGUGCAGACCAGAUCCAGAAGAAAAGCCUGGCGUGUAGCCAAACAGCGUGAAACCUUGGCACAGGACUGAGGAUCCUCUCCUCCAGAAAAGCCCCCUCAAGCAAAUUAGUGCGGUUCUCUUUGACCUCCAAAGACAAGACAAGCACUUAUUUUUAUUUUCAGAAGACAAAAGAACCAAGAUGCCAACUGGCUGCGAAUGCUGUGUCUCCAGUCUGUCUCUGUGUGCUGGUAGAGGCUGGGAGGAGUGGGGGCAGCCUGUUCCAUUUCUGAUAGUACCCUUGCCCUUCUGUCUGUCAUCUUGCAGGAUGCCCGAGGGCCAGACGGGCUUAGCUAGGCCAAAGGAACAGACUUGAGAGUUAUUGUACAUUACUGACCACGCUCAUUUGUUCAAAAGUUAGAACAUCUGGCUGCACCAGGAAAAAAAAGUCCUGUUCUUCUUUAGAUAAACAAGAGACAUUUGCAUAAUUGCUUUCUAGCAAUCAGCUUUUAUUUGCCUUAAUAUAAGCUUUUAAGCAGUUAUCUAACUAGUGUCCACAACCCUGUAACCAUAGUAGUUCCACAUCUUCAGCUUCAGCGGACAUCUAACCUCUCUAGGAUGUUUGCAGCAAAAGUGGGCUUUUCUAAUCGUCUCAUUUUAACAUGGCUUAUUUUGUAGAGGUAUUCAUUAGCCACACACUUCAUGUUGGUUUUUGGUUUUUAAGCUAACUACAAAUCUAGUACAAAACUAUAUGAAAUUCACAAAGAUAUCAUGUGUGUGUGCGUGCAUGCGUGCGUGUAUGUGUCUGUAUUCAUAGUAACUGCUUUUUGUUUUAACCAGUUUAGUAUCGUUACCAUUACCGUGUGAGUCGUUGUGCUGCAGUAUUGACUUGGAAUCCUGACCAUGUCCAUCCCAAAAUUCAGUCCUCAGUUAACGGGUCAUCUUUGCAAAAGGUCACUGUGAGGUUGCAUAUUUCAGAAACAUGUUCUUAAAAAGGGAAAUCAUUUAUAAGAUGUUUUCUAAGACUUUUCAGUAUUACAACUAAUACCAUUAUCCUUCUUUUUUUAUUUAGAUAAUUCUUUUAAUUUAAACAAA